CUCCUCAUCAGAUCCAAACGGUUCUCUCAAGAAACGAAUGUUUAGGCUUGAAAGGACUUAUUAUUUACAUCCUCCAUCCACCUAAAAAUUUGAAAAUCAAGAAAAAAGAAAUAAAAGCUUGAAGCAACAACAAAUCUCAAUUCUCAAUCCAAAAACGGAAAGAAAGUAUUACAAAAAAAAAAAGAGGAAGUUUCUCCUCGUUUCUCAUCGUGAAAAGAUUAGAAUCCUGUUUUUCUCUCCUCGUCUUCUAUUCUAUUCUCUCUGUUUUUCGAAUUGGUUUUUUUCUCAACAGCCUUUCAGUUCGAGCCAGCAGCCUCCUCGUAACUUACGCUUUUCGUUGUCCUCGGUUUAGCAAAUGCAGUUUCGGGGAUUCGUUUUCUGAAAUUGUUUUGUUGUGCAAAAUUAGAAAACGAAAAACGGAAGCGUGUUUUGAGAUCUUUUUCCAUAGUUAUUUCUCUCUUUCUUCUGAUGAAAGAAUUUGAGGAGUUAGAAGAACGGUGGUUUUCAGGUGCUCUGUUUCGGAGUUAGGGUUUUUAGAAUCUUGGUUUUCGGAGUGAGGCUUCUAAUUUGAGCUUUGGCUUUUGAAUUCUCUCGAAGAAUUUUGAGUUUCUAGGCUUAGUAAACAUGAUGUUAUCGGCGUCGCCGUCGAUGAUAGUUCGGAGCUCGUUGGAGGAAAUGUUGGAUUCGCUCCGGCGUAAGGAUGAAGACGAGAAGCCAAAAGACUUGCCGCCCGCAUUGCCGGCUCGUCCAACUUCGAGGGGCCGGCUUCCGCCGGCGAGGCGGUCCUUGCCUAAUAACUUUAAGGUAAAGGUUGGUGGUUGUGGCGAUGUCGAUACCGAGUCGCGGGAGUGUUUUCCGAGUGGAAUUGAAGAAACUAAGAGGAAAGAGAAUGAUUGGGGUGCCAAGAGAAAUGGUUUUGUGAGCAAGAAGAUGAAGAAAUACCGAAAUGUUGAGUCGCCGUACGCCGCGGGACUGGACCAGGGUAAAACUGAGCUGACGGGGUUCUCCAAUCAGCCUUCGGCCUCACCGAUGAAGAUUCGGGGAACGGAUUGGGAUGACAAUAUUGGCUACUUCAUGAAAAAGAAACUUCGUGUUUGGUGUCGAUUUCCAAAUGGGCAGUGGGAGUCUGGAACAAUACAAUCAACCUCUGGAGAGGAUGCAACUGUUUCUUUGUCCAAUGGAAAUGUUAUGAAAGUCACCACAUCAGAGAUAUUACCUGCCAACCCAGAUAUACUUGAAGGAGUGGAUGAUCUUGUACAGCUUAGUUAUUUGAAUGAACCAUCUACUGUUUACAAUAUCCAGCGUAGAUAUUCUAAGGAUAUGAUAUACAGUAAAGCUGGACCAGUUCUGAUUGCUGUCAAUCCCUUCAAAGAUGUUCAAAUUUAUGGAGAUGAUUUGAUCACAGCUUAUAGGCAGAAAAAGUUAGACAGUCCUCAUGUUUAUGCUACUGUAGACACUGCUUACAAUGAGAUGAUGAGAGAUGAAGUAAACCAAUCCAUAAUCAUAAGUGGGGAAAGUGGAGCUGGGAAAACUGAGACAUCGAAAAUUGCAAUGCAAUACUUGGCAGCUCUUAGUGGUGAUAGUUCUGGUAUUGAGCAUAGAAUUCUUGAAGCCAAUUAUAUACUAGAAGCAUUUGGGAAUGCAAAAACAUAUAGAAAUCACAAUGCUAGCCGAUUUGGAAAGUUGAUUGAAAUUCAUUUUGGUACACUUGGGAAAAUAUGUGGUGCCAACAUCCAAGCGUUUUUUUUAGAGAAGUCAAGAGUGGUUCAGCUCGUCAAUGGUGAAAGGUCAUUCCAUAUAUUUUACCAACUUUGUGCUGGCGCACCAACAAAUCUUAAAGAGAGACUGAACCUUAGAAUGGCUAGUGAGUACAAAUACCUUAAUCAAAGUGAUUGCUUGACCAUUGAUAGUAUCAAUGAAGCUGAGAAAUUUCAUACUGUUAUGAAAGCACUAAACAUUGUUCAAAUUUGCGAAGAAGAUCAAGAACGCAUAUUUGCAAUGCUUGCGGCUGUAUUAUGGCUGGGAAACAUAUCCUUCCAAGUGAUUGACAAUGGGAACCAACUGGAGGUCUUGUCUGAUGAAGCUCUAAUUAAUGCUGCCAAUCUGAUGGGAUGCAGUACCCAGGAGUUGAAAUUAUCAUUAUCCACCCAUGAAACUGAAGCUGGCAAUGAUAGUGUUGCCAACAGAUUGACAUUGCAGCAGGCAAUUGACAGAAGAGACGUUUUGGCAACAUUCAUCUAUACAUCUUUGUUUGAAUGGCUUGUAGAACAGAUUAACAAGUCACUUCAAGCGGGCAAACGACAAAUUGGGAAAUCAAUUAGCAUCCUUGACAUAUAUGGGUUUGAGUCUUCUCAGAAAAAUAGCUUUGAACAAAUGUGUAUUAAUUAUGCAAAUGAGAGGCUGCAACAACAUUUCAACCGGCAUUUACUUAAACUCGAACAGGAGGAUUAUGAGUUGGAUGGUAUUGAUUGGAAGAAAGUAGAUUUUGAAGACAAUGAAGAGUGCUUAGAUCUCUUUGAGAAGAAACCUUCAGGGCUAAUAUCUCUGUUGGAUGAGGAAUCAAACUUACCGAAGGCCAGUGAUUUGACCUUUGCCAACAAGCUCAAGCAACAUUUGAAUUCAAAUUCUUGCUUUAAAGGGGAAAGAGGCAGGGCAUUUAGUGUUUGUCACAAUGCUGGAGAGGUUUUGUAUGAUACAAAUGGCUUUCUGGAAAAGAACAAAGAUCGAUUGCAUUCCUAUUUUUUCCAUCUCCUAUCAUCAUGUCAUAAUGAGCUUCUGCAGUUGUUUACCUCCAAAAUGCAAAUUCAAUCUGCUCCAACUACAGUAUGCCAGAUCAGUUCAUCAAACUGCCGAAUGCCGAGUGUUGGUACAAAGUUUAAGAUUCAAAUGUUCAAACUAAUGCACCAGUUGGAGAGCACCAAACCUCAUUUUAUUUGCUGCAUAAAGCCAAAUCAUAAGCAGCUUCCCAGCCUAUAUCAGUUGGACCUUGUAUUACAACAGCUUAGGUGUUGUAAAGUUUUGGAGGUUCUUAAAAUAUCAAGAUCUGGAUAUCCAUCUAGGAUGCAACUUCAUGAGUUUGCAGGAAGGUACGGGGUCCUACUUCCAAAGACCAUUGCAGCUUGGGAUCCUUUAAGUAUAUCUAUUGCAGUUCUGCAACAAUUUGGUAUCCUUCCAGAGAUGUACCAAAUUGGUUAUACCAAAGUGUUUCUUCGAACAGGGCAGAUUGAAAAAUUGGAGCAUAGGAGACAACAAGUUCUACAAGGUAUAGUUGGUGUACAGAAAUAUUUUCGUGGUCGCAAGGCUCGUCAUUAUUUCUAUGAGCUUAAGAAGCGAGUAACCCCAUUACAUUCAUAUGCUCCUAGUGAAAUUUCCAGAGGGAAAAAUAAUAUUAUGGUCAAGUGGCGCACAGCUAGUGCUCCUAAAACACUAGAUGAGCUGCAGGCAGUUAUAUACUUACAGUCUGUAAUUCGUGGUUCACUGGUUCGAAAGCAAUUUAUAGGGACACCUGAGUUGAAGAAGUUAAAACCUGAGAGUGUGAGAUAUAGAAAGAACCAUGGCAGGAAGAUAUCUGAAGCAAAGGUGUUUGCUGAGCAGCAGGACGUGCAACAUGAGAAGUUACAUUCUGUGCCUUCGACUGUGAAAGAGCUUCAACAGAGAGUUUUCAAGGCAGAAGAAACUCUGGAGCAAAAGGAAGAGGAAAAUGCAGCAUUGCGUGAGCAAUUACGACAGUUUGAGACUAGAUGGUCAGACUAUGAGGCAAAAAUGAAAUCCAUGGAGGAGAUGUGGCAAAAGCAGAUGGCUUCUUUGCAAAUGAGUUUGGCUGCAGCCAGAAAGAGCCUUGUUGUUGAUACUGCAGUAGGUCAACCAGGAAGACUUGAUGCGGCUUUCUCUCCUCGUUAUUAUGAUUCGGAGGAUGCUACGUCCAUGGGAUCUCGAACUCCUGGUGCAAGCACACCUCUCAAAUUUUCUAGUAGUGUUCAUGAUGUGGGAUCAGAACGAGAUGCAAACGGUACUUUAAAUGAAGUCAGCAAUCUUGUAAGGGAGUUCGAGCAACAGAAACAGACUUUUGAUGAGGAGGCCAAAGCUAUAGUUGGGAUCAAAACAGGGCAGUCCGCUUCAAAUAUAAAUUCCGAUGAUGAUUUAAGGAAACUUAAACUGCGGUUUGAGAUGUGGAAGAAAGAGUACAAGUUAAGAUUGAGGGAAACAAAAGUAAAGCUUCAUAAACUUGGACAUUCAGAAGCAGAGAGAAGUCGUCGGAGAUGGUGGGGAAGAAUAAGCACAAAAGCCUCCUAGGACUCGGGAUCUUGGUGAAGAUGGGAAAAUAUAUGGAGAUUCCUACAACAAGAGAGAAAUGGAAGAGAGAAAGCUUUUGUGAGUUUCCCUUCUGAGGAGCUGCUUCGCUGCAUAUUUAUGGAGCUAUCUAGGUUGGAGUAGAAAUGGAAGAGAGAAAUUAUAGAUCAACCUUUUUUCGGGAACUCAAGUAGAAGUAUUGGCAAGUUUGUGCAUAGCAAGCCAGAUAGUCAGUAACCCCAUUAGUUAAUUUGUGUAUACCCUCUGUUGUCAGUGUAGAUACCAUUUAGAGCUCAGAACUGGAUAUAGAGGAGAAAAGUGUUCAUAAUUCCCUUCAUUAUGUAGUUCGUGUUGUGACAUUUUUACCCAUGAGAAAAUGUUACUAUUGUUCAUAAUGCCCUUCAUUAUGUAGUUUGUGUUGUGACAUUUUUAGCCAUAAGAAAAUGUUACUAUUUCAUGCCA